GCACCAAUCCUCUUCAGGACAACUCUCAGCAGUUUCCUGUAGUGUCCUCCCUGCGUUCUUCUCAUCUCAGCAUCCAUCCACCAUGUCAGUUUCUGUUCGCACAACAACUUCCACAGUUCCCAGGACCAUGACCUCCAAGUCCAUUAUCACCAAGACCCGGAGCAGUUCGGCGGCCUUUCCGCAGAAAGCCCACAGCGUGUAUGGAGGUAGUCUAGGAGGUAGCACCCGCAUCUCUACUUACAGAGUUGGAGGUGGUGGAGGAUAUGGUGGAGGAUACGGUUUUGGUGGAGGAUACGGAGGAGGAUACAGUGGAGGACAUGGUGGAGGAUUCAGCGCUGGAAUCUUGGUUGGUGGUGACAGUGACUUGAUGCAGCUGAAUGAGAAGGCCACCAUGCAGAACCUGAAUGACCGUCUGGCAUCCUACCUGGAGAAGGUGCGCUCACUGGAGGCUGCCAAUGCCAUCCUGGAGAGGCAGAUCCGCGAGUACUAUGAGAAGAAAGGGCCGAUUGCACAGAGGGACUACAGCCACUACUGGAACACCAUCAAGGACCUGAAGGACAAGAUUAAAAAUGCUACCAUCCACAAUGCCAACAUCCUCCUGCAGAUUGACAACUCUAAACUGGCUGCUGAUGACUUCAGGAUAAAAUAUGAGCAUGAACUGGUAAUGCGGCAGUCUGUGGAGGCCGACAUCGCUAACCUGCGCCGUUUGCUGGACCAGACGACCCUGACAAAGGCCGACCUGGAGAUGCAGAUUGAAAGUCUGCAGGAUGAGCUGGCAUUUAUGAAGAAGAACCACCAGGAGGAUUUGGCUGCACUGAGGUCACAGCUGACAGGCACAGUGAACGUAGAGGUUGAUGCUGCUCCUCAGCAAGACCUGAACAAGGUUCUGGAGGAGGUCCGUGCUCAUUAUGAGAACAUCAUUCAGAAACACCGCAGGGAACAGGAAGACUGGUUUAAAGACAAGACGGCAGGUUUGAACAAAGAAGUGGCCGUCAGCACAGAGACCAUACAAAUAACCAAGACACAGAUCACAGAUCUACGACGCACCUUGCAGGGUCUGGAGAUCGAACUACAGUCUCAACUCAGCAUGAAAGCGGCACUGGAAAACUCACUGGCAGACACAGAGGCUAGGUACAGCGCUAUGCUAGCAGGCUACCAGAACCAAAUCAACAUGCUGGAAGCUGAGCUAAGUCAAGUGCGGGCUAGCAUUGAGCAACAAGGGCGAGAAUAUGCCUUGUUGCUGGACAUCAAGACUCGUCUGGAGCAGGAGAUCGCCACCUACAGGAGCCUCCUGGAAAAUCAAGACAUUAAAACUCAAAUGCCAGGUGCAACUGUCACCAUCACCACAGGUGGAACAACAACAAUCCAGAAGACACAGCAUAACUUCUAAAUGCAGAGCACACUGCUUUAUGAGACAACAUCUGGACACACACAUACAUUUGGUUUUGAAAGUUUACUGAAGUAAUAUUGAGAAAAAGUGUUACCAAAAGAAAAACAGAUGAUGAUACUCAUUUAUGUGUGAUAAAACCUAAAGUCUCUGAAAAUAAAGCUGCUGUCAUGCUGUCUUUAUCUGAACACUAUAUUCUUUCUUUUACAUUAAAGAGUAAAAAACUGGUGUCUACUUCAAAAUGCAAAAUAAAAUGGGAGAUUCACAUUCCUGACAUAUUUAGACUGUAGUGUGGUGCCACAGUAUUCCAUUACUUGAAAACACUCAUUUACAGUAAUCACUAAAAAAAAAGUAUGAGGGAAAUAAACAGUCUCAUUCUUCCCAAUGUUAUUCAUGGGUUCCUUCCAUAACAGCAGCAUAACUUCUAAAUGCAGAGCACACUGCUUUAUGAGACAACAUCUGGACACACACAUACAUUUGGUUUUGAAAGUUUACUGAAGUAAUAUUGAGAAAAAGUGUUACCAAAAGAAAAACAGAUGAUGAUACUCAUUUAUGUGUGAUAAAACCUAAAGUCUCUGAAAAUAAAGCUGCUGUCAUGCUGUCUUUAUCUGAA